GUACGAAGGGCAAGUCAAGCUGAGGUGUGGCCUGCGAGUCUCUUCACCUCCUCCACCUACCUGAAGACGGAACGAGUGGCACCACUAAGAGGGACUCUUCUAAUGACAUGAACAGGACUGAAGGCACUAUACAAGUUGGUGGUGCCAGGAGGCUCUUGCAGAAGUGAAGGCAUUGUGCUUGUGCCUGGUGUGGGUGUAAUGGUGUGCUUUUUGCUGUAAGCAGAUUUCAAAAUGGCAGGUGAUACCAACACACUGUCAUGGAAGUUGCCAAGCCCAGACUUUAAUGGGCCCAAAUCUCCUGUGUUUGCCCUUGCUGGAGAGGGAGGCCCUGUGAAAAUCCUUAAAGUAUGCUUCAGCAGCAGCAACAACCUGAAAAACUUCAAACUUGUCAAGUGCGAUAGCUCCUGGAAGAUAAGGGCCAUCAUCCAGUCCAUCCUGAUCAGUGGGCGUUUGGGUCCUAAUGUGCAGAAUGCCAGCUGCUUUGGCCUGAGACUCAAACAUCUGAAGUCUGAGGAGCAUCACUGGCUGCAUCCUGAUUUGACUGUAAGUGAAGUGGAGCAGCGCUAUGAAAAACUCCAUUUGGAGGCAGAAUGGAGAUAUGACCUGAGAAUUCGCUACAUACCAGCUAAUUUCUUGGAGACCUUUAAAGAAGACAGAACUUCACUGUUAUAUCUCUAUCACCAGGUUCGCAAUGACUACAUGCAGCAGUAUUCUAAUAAAGUCAGUGAUGGCAUGGCGUUGCAGCUGGGGUGUCUGGAGAUCAGGAGGUUUUACAAAGACAUGAAUGCCAAAGGCCUGGAGAAGAAGUCCAAUUUUGAAUUGUUAGAGAAAGAUGUUGGACUAGACCUUUUUUUCCCACAGAAACUGAUUGACAGUAUGAAACCGAAGCAGCUCAGGAAGAUGAUCCAGCAGACGUUUCAGCAAUAUGGCACACUCAGAGAGGAAGAGUGCAUGGUCAAGUUCUUUAAGACCUAUGGGGAAUUCAUUAAUUUUAAUGAAGAGGUUUUCCCUUGUGAACUAGUGCAAGGCUGGAGUCUAACAGUGGAUUUAGUCAUCGGAGCAAGGGGUAUUCGCCAGCGAGCACAAAGCGAUUCAUCGACAGUUUGCCUAGCCGAGUUUAAACAGAUCCGAAGUAUUAAGUGCACUACACAAAGUGACACCAAAGCUCUGUUAGACAUUGACAUCAAGGGAGCCAAACAGCCUCUCUCAGUCAAUGUACCUACACUGGCAAUGGCAGAGAACAUGGCUGACCUGAUUGAUGGCUACUGCAGGUUGGAGAACAACACAGAUUCAUCAGUGAUAUCUCGGCCCAAUAAAAGUACAGAGCUCCGUAACUCCCUUCCUGCAAUCCCCUCAGGUCUCGUGUUGCCUGAACCAAAAGAUACUGAACGGCACAGUAGGAAUUCUGAUAUAUACUGUGAAAUUCCAGAUGAAAAACCUCCACCUCCUGUGGUGAAAUACGGAAUCUCUAGAAAGUCCAUUAAUUUGGGACGUAUUUUGGGCGCGGGUUUUUUUGGAGAGGUGUAUGAAGGAGUUUACAAAAAAGAGAAUGGUGAGAAAAUCAAAGUGGCUGUAAAGACCUGUAAAGAGUGCUCACCUGAUAUCAUGGAUAAAUUCAUGAGUGAAGCAGCUAUUAUGAAACAGCUGGACCACCCUCAUAUAGUGAGUCUGAUUGGAAUUAUAGAGGAGGAACCUGUGUGGAUCGUCAUGGAGCUCUACCAGUUUGGUGAGCUUGGAGAUUACUUGGCCAAAAACGAGAAAACGUUGACCAAUAUCACACUAGUCCUGUUUAGCCUGCAGAUCUGCAAAGCUCUGGUUUACUUACAGGGAAAGAACAUGGUACACAGAGACAUCGCUGUGAGAAAUGUGCUUGUUGCUGCACCAGACUGUGUGAAGCUCGGUGACUUUGGCCUGUCCAGAUACAUAGAGAAUGAGGAAUAUUACAAAGCCUCUGUUACACGAUUGCCGAUCAAAUGGAUGGCCCCUGAGUCUAUAAACUUCCGUCGGUUCACCACAGCCAGUGACGUGUGGAUGUUUGCUGUCUGCAUGUGGGAGAUACUGAGUCGGGGGCAGCAGCCUUUCUACUGGCUGGAGAACCGUGAAGUGAUUAACCAGCUGGAGAUGGGCAUCAGACUGCCUAAGCCAGAGCUGUGCCCUCCUGCCCUGUACUCACUCAUGACCCGCUGCUGGAGCUACGACCCCAACGAGAGGCCCACCUUCACUGAACUUGUCUGCAAUAUCAAUGAUGUUCAUAAAAUGGAGAAGGACCUGGAAGCAGAGAAGGAGAGAGACAGACAGAGAGCCACCAGGUUUCUUGAGCCAAAGUUCAACUUUAGUGAACCGCCUCCCAAGUUGUCUAUUUCUCUUUGCAUGCAGCCUUUAAGACAAAACCCUGUUCGUUUUGGGAAUACCCUCAGCAUCGGUCUGCAUAUUCAGCUAAAUGAGGCUUUGUGUGCCAGUUCUCCAGAUUUGGUUAGUCCAUGUGACUAUCAGUCUCCUGUAGACUCCACCAGCAACCUCAUAGUUCCCAGCAUGCCACUUCGGCGCCUCAGUCUAGGAGAAGGGGAGUUCAGCGUGGGACCAUCCAGCAUGGAGGAUGCACAGCGCCUGUGGCAGUUAGAAAAGGAGCGAAUGCGGGAUACCAUAAAGAAGCAGAAGAAUGAGAUGGUGGAGGACAAACAGUGGCUGGAGAAAGAGGAGAAGCUUCUGGCCCCUAAAAUAAAUGAGAAAACAGUUGUUGUGACGGAACCAGAACCUCAGCCUAACCAUGAUGAACUUCAGAAGCCUCCUGAAAAGCCCCCAAGAAUUUCCGUGCAGCCUGCCCCUACAGCGGAGCUAGAUCGCUCUGAGGACAAGGUGUACCAGUGUGUCAUGGAUCUGGUUAAAGUGGUAGUGCAGCUGAAAAAUGAUGUGAACACAGUACCAUCCACUGAGUACAUAUCCGUAGUCAAGUCUGUUGGAAUGACUUUGAGGGAUUUAAUUUCCAGUGUUGAUGAGGUUCUUCCAUCUUUACAAGGAGCUAUAAGGACCGAGAUUGAGGGCACACAGAAGCUGCUGAAUAAGGACAUGGCGGAGCUGAUCGGUAAGAUGCGGCUGGCCCAACAAAACGCCAUCACCUCUUUGAAGGAGGAGUGCAAGAAGCAGAUGCUGGCAGCAGCUCAUACGCUGGCCAUGGAUGCCAAAAACCUGCUAGAUGCAGUUGACCAGGCACGGGUGCGAGCCAACCUGGCCAAGCCCAAACCUGACAAUGCAGUCUUUCCUGAAACAGACUAGAGAGAGAGAGAGACUGGUUCAAUGUGCUCACAAAAACAAUCUGAUUCAUAAACUCUUUUCUUUGCUGUCAAAAAGGUACACUACAUCUUGAGGUACAGAAUAUAUAGACUUAAGGAUAUUGUGUAUUUUAAUACACCCUUUCUCCUAUAGUUCAUGGCUUGUGCCUGAAAUAAAUGACUGAUUAUCGAUUAUCCUAUCAUUUCAAAUUAAUUUUCAUUUCAGUCAGGAAACCCCAGUGUCCUUGGACAUACAGUACAUAUUACUACAAAGUCUAGCUCCAAGAAAUAUAAUCUUUGUUAUAGGUGAGUUGCAUAUUUUGGAGUGUGAACUAAAUUUUCUUGGAGAAAUUUCAGACUCAGUUUCAUCUAUAUUCUGAAGAGCAACUAGGUUUUUCUACAGUGAAGUAAUAUAUUCCUUCCCGCUUCCUGUACUGAGCUGCCAGCUGCUGAUACAAUCAAAUACGUACCUUAAAAUGCAGUGUUAGUGUGUUGCUGUAUAAUGUGAUGAUUAGCUCUUCUACUAUUGGUGUAAAACAUUUAAAGCCAGUCAGUGGGCAUGGCAUUUCUUCACUGAUUGCAGAAAUAUGUACGGAAAUAUGUUUCCCUGUAUAUAGAGUAAAAGAAAGGAUCUACUUUCAUAUUCUUUCCCAACUCUGUACGGUUCAAGGAUAUGUGACAGACAUACUUGGAAGCAAGAGUUCAAUCAAAUUGUAUCAGGUUUCAUAAAUGAUAUCUCAGUGUUGAGUCUUGAGUUUAUGUACAUUUUUGCAACAAACUGUGAGCUAAUAAAAAACAAUCCAAUGAAAUAUACAGUAUGGUCUCAAAAUGAACACUUUAUCUUGUAUGUCAUGCAAUUGCAAAUAUAUUUUUCCAGAUGUGCCUGUGGAAGUUAUAUUACUACUGCUAAAGUUUUUCUUUAAUUACAUAACAUUUCUGGGUCUUACUUUUUUUGAUAAUUAAUCAACAGUGUCAGGUUUCAUGAACACAAGGCAAUUAUGAUGAAUGCACAGUUUAUGGACUCAGUAAGCAAAACAAUUUCUAUAAUGUUUCUAAGUAGUUUUAAAUGCUUUCUUUCCUGUCAAAUCUGUGAACACAUUUAGUUGUGUAAAGUGAAUUUUGUCCAAGACUUGUCAUUCAUUUCAGUUGUACAAAAGAAUAAAGACAAAAGUGAACCUCUGCCUACAUAAAAAAGUAUAGUACUCUAUCACAAAGGCUUAUAAUUCUGCUUACUAUGAAUCAGGAAUAUACAGAAUUUAAUAUCUUAACACCAUCCAUUUUUUCUCCAGACAACAAAGAGGAAUCUGUCUGCCAGAAACUCUUCCGUGUUCAGCUGGGUUGCUCCUUUUCACCAUGUGACAGGCUAAAACUGGCAGAACCAAUUUUGGCAGCACCAUGGGAUAUCUUCCUGCACCUCAAUAUUGAUGCAAAGGGCCAAAAGGCAAUCUAGUCCUGUCAUGCUUAAAUUUGUUUUCACGCACCAUGCAUUUUUAGUGUUGUGUUUUGUGUGCAAGCGUGUAGAUAUUGAUAUGAUAUGUUGCCUGAUAUGUAUUUUACAAAUUCUUUGGAAAAAGCUUAUUCAUCCCUAUGACAUUUGGAUAUCGGUGCCACUAUUAAUAUCUACAUGCAGCGCUUAUUGAUUGUUAUUACAUGUUGGACAAACUGUUUUUACCAAUAACAAUGAGACAAUAGUGGAGAAGUCUAAGAGUGAGAUAUCAGGGGACAUAUUGAAAGAUCUAUUAUUUUUCCUGCAGAACAACCUUAUCAAGUGAGUAAAAACAGUCAACUGAGUAACUAAUUCUACUUUCAUGGCAACUGGAAACCUCUGACUCCAGUGUGUUCACACAUCUUGACAUGUUGUCAUAAGCUAACACUUGUUUGGCUUCUGUGUAGAUAUACAAAGUUUACAAUUUUUUUUUAUAAUUCCUGCAAAUAUCUGCUUGAUUAGUGCUUAAGUUAUUACAAAUGUACUGUAAAGCAUCCUCUUCACCACAAUGUCAGUCUUUUGAGCUCUUAUUUCUGUGUUGUUUUAUGGAGCUCUGUGUCUUUAUGUAGUACCAGGGUCCCAGAGGAACAUUGUAUCAUUUCUCUGUGUACUGCAUCAGCUAUA